UGGGUGCCUUAGCCAGGUACAUGCCUGGGUAUGUAGGUACACAGACGGCUAUUAGGUACCUCCUACCUACUCAUAUGCCAUUGGUGCCAUUCGGGUUUGGGUAGGUACCCCCGUACGGUCUCUCCUACAUGCAUAUCUGUACGUCCCUUUUACCAGGUGCAUCGCUCGCUGUAUACUGCAACCUCCCUUCGAUCCUCUUCCCUCUUCCUCAUCUCUGCUCUCUUCCCACACCCCCCAGCCGGCAACCAACUUCGUCACUCCUUCUAGUCCGUCAGAGAGGUAUCGGGUUGACUGCGAUCCCGUAUUCCCUUCGCCGAUACCCAUUUCAUCUUGUCCCUUCGAUUUGGCAUCUCCGGAACCCGCCCGCCCCUGCGGAGGCUCUCAGAAGGUGGAUUCGUCUCCAUCUCUCCCUCUUCCUCUCUGCCGCAGACGGGAGAGAGUCACGCCUACGAGGGUCGCCUCCUGCUGCUCCUCGGCCCCCGUUCGCUGCCCUACUGUGUCAAUCAUUGCUAGGGUCUGACGUCGGAGGACGUGUAACCAGCACCGGCACAGCAGCCAUCUUAUACAUACAUACCGACUCUGCCUUGUGGUGUGGGAUCAGCCUCCUUUUCUCUUCUCCCUCCCCCUGCGAGUCUAGAGCAGUACAGUGCCGCCUUUCGAAAGCCCGGACUUCAGACGUACACGCCCCCUAUUCACCCUAAUAGACGGCCUCUACCUCCUAUGCCGCCCUGAGUCCUCGACGUAUCCUCCAAGCAACUCCGGAACACCGUAGCUUCUUGCCUACGCGCUGUCGUUGUAGUUUCUCUACGCCUGAGUUAACUUAUCGUUCCGACACGCGUACACCUGCGAACCUACGUCUGGGCCCGUCGACCGCCGUCAGCCAUUCCUCACCAAGGAGACCCCCGAGUGCCAUUCCGAGGACAAUACGUUUCGCUUACAUACCGCGGCCCCGACCCCAUAAGGUUUUUUUUUUCCCCCUCGCCUUCGCUGCGGCCUUGUCUUCGGAUUGCGACGCGCCCGGGCUCCAAGUUUGGG